AUAAUAUAUUUAUUAUAUCAUUUGAAAAGUUUAAUUGUCAAAUAGGUAUAAAAACCAGACAACAAAGCAGAAUCAAACCGCGACACCAAAUUAUAAAAAGAAUUAAGAAUAAGAUUGUGCUGUGCGCAUCUACGCAAUGAGCCGUACAUGGUGCAGUAAGUACUCCCAACCACUUUACAAAACCCAGUUUCCUGGAAGUACCCCCAUUUCUCUUCCCCCCAUUAAUUACAACACUAAUCUAUAUAUACGCAAAAAAAAAAUAUUCACUUUAACUCUCUAGACCUCAUUGGGAAACCAAAUAAGUUCAUGCACCCAUUCCUAUUCCCGCGUCCCCCACUUCACACCUUCCUCUCUCCUUCUCUCUCUCUCUCUCUCCACUUCACACCUGCUAUAUAUAAACCAAAGCUCACUCUUUCUUUUCUCUCAUUCGUUCUCUCUAGCUGUAUAUACACAUAUCGGUCCAAUAUUUAGAUAAUAUCUGGACUAUUAAUUAUAUAGACAUAUAUAUUGACCAGUUGUUGCACGUGCAAAUGGAAGCAAUGAAUUAUAAUAGGUGUACAUCUUCCACAACAUCAUCAUCGGACUCGUCGUCUUCGGAAUCUUCAGGGAAUAAUAAGGUACCGAGAAACGGGAACAAACCAGAGCGAAUCAAAGGCCCAUGGAGCACCGAAGAGGACCGGAUUCUUACACGGCUCGUGGACCGGUACGGAGCCAGGAACUGGUCUUUGAUAAGUCGAUACAUAAAGGGCAGGUCAGGCAAGUCGUGCCGGCUCAGGUGGUGCAACCAACUCAGCCCGAGUGUUGAACACAGACCCUUUUCUCCCGCUGAGGACGAGACCAUACUAGCAGCACAUGCCCAGUACGGUAAUCGUUGGGCCACCAUUGCACGACUCCUUCCCGGUCGGACUGAUAACGCCGUCAAAAACCACUGGAACUCGACUUUGAAGCGGAGGGCUCGGGAGGCACAUCAGAUGGAGGACGAGGGUAAUCAGAAUACUAUGUCUUGUGGGACCGGUUUCAGCAGAGGUGAGGCCAAUGGAUCGCUGCCAUUUGGCAACACUAGUAAUAGUAUUACCAACAAUAAUAGUGAUAAUAAUGUUAACGGCCACUCUUCACCGAUGUCGGUUGAAAAUGACCCACCGACCGCGUUGACUCUUGCUCCGCCGGGUAGAGGCGGAGAUGUAAUGCCCGAGGAGAGGAGAGAGAGUUUCACGGCGGGGUUUUGGGAUGUGAUGAGGGAUGUUAUUGCGAGGGAAGUACGGGAGUAUGUGAGUACGACCCUUUCUGACAACUCGGGCUUCAGAUAGUUUUAAAAUUAAUCAAACCCUUUUUAUUUAAUUUUCUUUUUUAUUGUUGUUUGUGGCUGGAUUUCUGUUAAUAUUUGUUCGCCGUUCAAUUAAUUAAUUAAAUUAAAUUAAAUAAAUAAAUACUUUUACAAUUUUCUGAGCUUA